AUUUAUGAGAAUCAAGUGCUCUGCCAUGGGGUACGGGGAGAACAGGACCUGCGCUGGACCGUCGGACGCCCGUGCCGUUGCCUGAGAGUUGGCAGCCGCCUCGCUUGCCGGGCUCUUUCCCAGUCCAAAGUGUGGAUUUAUCAUUUUAAAGGACUAAAGUGCUCUCUCAGGGAAGACUUUUUUUUUUCCUCUCUCCCCCUCCCGCCUCCUCCCGGCGAGCUGCUUAGAAAAGAAUCUAAUGGGGCAGCCGCACUUCUCGAGACCGGUAAAUCCAGCUGCUUUUGCCGAGGAGGUGGAUCACCCCCCAACUGAUGCCGGCAUGGGGGUAGAUGUUCUGGAAUCGGGUGACACCACACCUCCUACAAAGAGGAAAAGCAAGUUCUCAAGCUUUGGCAAGAUCUUCAAACCCUGGAAGUGGAGGAAAAAGAAGAGCAGUGACAAAUUUAAGGAGACAUCGGAAGUUUUAGAACGAAAGAUUUCUAUGCGAAAGCCAAGAGAGGAGCUGGUAAAAAGAGGGGUUCUGUUGGAAGACCCUGAGCAGGAUGGUGAAGAACCAGACAAGCUGAACCCACCUGCACUGAAGAAUGGCCACACAGUCCCAAUCGGUGGUCCCGGGGUUUGUAACCUGGCCAGCCAGGAGGAAGAGGCCACAAAGCCAUCCAGCCUUAGGAAGCCUGUUCCAGCUGAGGAACCAAAGAAAAGGCAGGGCUCAUCCAGCAGCCACUCUGGGCCCGAGCUGGAACCACCUCAGGAGCCGUAUGUUCCCAGACAGCCUCUGCUUCCUCCAAAAAGACCUCCCUCCACUUCCCAGGAAGCAAACGAAGCGCAGGCGAGGGAUCCAACGCCUGCCAGCAGCACUGCAAAAACUGCACCCUCCACCACAGCCCCUGUUGCGGCAAAGACAGUCAAUUCCACAGCUGGCCCUUCCCCAGCCCCCAGGACUCUGCCGCCUGCUCUUGCCAGCGCCAACACUACUGCUCCCACGAGUACAACCAGCACAGCUCCUGCCAAACAGCCUCCCGUCCCUCCUCCCAAACCUGUCAACAGAAAUAGCAACUCAGUAAUAGCUGAACUUUCUCAAGCAAUGAACAGUGGUACAGGCUUGUCCAAGCCUUCCCCUCCUCUCCCACCGAAGAGAGGCAUCCUGCCUAACAACAUGUCAGAGGCAGCUAUCACGUCCAAGCCCCCGAAUGACAGGACAGUGACAGCUAACCGCCCCGCACUGAUACCGAUGCACAUGACCUCUGCCUACCCGCCACCCUCACCUUCGCCGCCGCUGCCCACGCACAUACCCCCUGAGCCUCCGCGCAUGCCCUUGCCUGCCUCCACCCCUGUCUUGGACCCUCCGCGCUCCCUGGACCUUCCCAAAGAGACUCUUCCUCCUCCUCCUCCUCCUCCUCCUCCUCCUCCUCCUCCUCCUGAAGAGUUGAGGUCCUUGGAAGUGUCGAAGAGGACGGCAGAGCAAGGGUUUGGCGAAAUUCACGUGCUGCCUCGCCUGCCCCAAAUCCCAUUGCACAUCCGUAUCCAGCAGGCUCUGGCCAGUCCUUUGCCUGUCACCCCACCUGCCGAGGGGUCGCACAGGGCUCACUCGUUGCUCUUCGAGAACGAUGGCUUUGGAGAAGACAACGGCACGCUGGGCAGGACGAGGUCCCUGCCUGUCACCAUCGAGAUGCUGAAAGUUCCAGACGAUGAGGAAGAGGAAGAAGAUGACCAGGAAGAGGAGCAGAAUUCAGGCCCUCGUGUGUAUAUUGGAGAUGUGCCAUCUGUCACAGUCAUCCCAAAACUGGUACCCCAGGUCCUGCCAGAGGAGCAGGAAGGAGAUGAAGGGAUGAGCGACUCUGACUCGGAGGGGCCCAUCCUGUACAAAGAUGACGAGGAUGAGGAAGAAGAUGAAAGCCAUAACAGCACGCUGGCUAACAAAGUGAAGAGGAAAGACACGCUAGCUAUAAAGCUGGGGAACACAACCACGCCGCAGGAGGAGAAGACUGUCUUCCCUCGGAAGAGCAAGGAGGAGUGGAACGAAAUUCGGCACCAGAUUGGGACGACGCUGAUCAGGCGACUGAGUCAGAGACCGACGGCGGAAGAACUGGAGCAGAGGAACAUACUUCAACCGAAAAAUGAAGCUGACCGUCAAGCUGAGAAGCGAGAGAUCAAACGCAGGCUCACCAGAAAGCUUAGCCAAAGGCCUACAGUGGCAGAGCUGCAGGCCAGGAAGAUCCUGAGGUUUAACGAAUACGUGGAAGUAACGGAUGCUCAAGACUAUGACCGGCGAGCGGAUAAGCCAUGGACAAAGCUAACACCAGCUGACAAGGCUGCCAUCCGGAAGGAGCUGAAUGAGUUUAAGAGCUGUGAAAUGGAAGUCCACGAGGACAGCAAGCAGUUCACGAGGUACCAUCGACCAUAAUCUUCCAAGAAGGGAGCAAGAGACCCGAGAGGACUGGAAGUUCUCUGCGUCCCUCUCCUAGGCAAUACAGCGAGGGUGGAACCUCGGCUCUUCCAAAAUUUGCCUUCAAAACAUAUCCAGAAAAGGGCUUUCGGCCAGGGAAGGGGAAUCCUGUCUGAAUGUAGCAUUUCACUGGAACAAACACGUCUCAAGUGCCAUCGGGCUGGAACUGAACACUAUACCUCGCGCGGCUCAGCGAUACGACUCUGCUCUGGCGCCAGCAUCCCUUGCCAGGAGACCAUGCACAUGUGAACGAACGGUUCGUUCCCCAGCUCCCUUUCUCAGCCCGGACAGGCCCAGUUCUCAGCUGUACAUACUCCUUUUGGGGUGCAACUCCUUCGUUUCCUCCUCCUUACCAAGAGGAAGGGGGAAAAAAAAAAAGGCAGCUCUAGUGUUGGAAAGCUGAGGAAUGCAGAGUGGAUGUGCUAGGAAGCACGCGUGUAUAUUACCUGUGUACAGAGAACCCUGUGCAGAUGCUGACCUGGCAGACAACUGACAUGUGACUCGUAAUUUUUUGGUUUUGCUUGCGUCUCUGUCAUGUCCUUAAUGUCCUGAAUCACUACUGACCAACGGUUUGUUGUCCUGGAAGGGAAUUGUAUAGAUAUUAACAUAUGCUGCAUCUUUUUGUAAAAAAAAAAAAAACAAAACACAA